GAGAAACUGGUAAUGGCCUUACACAGCCUCCUCCUCCCCCAGGAUGGGCAGGGGGUGUGCCCCAUGCUAGUACCCCUCCCUGCUGAAGAUGAUGGGAACAGCCAGGCUAUGGCCACGUGUCGUGUGCUGGCAGAGAUCAGCUCAAGAGCUUGUGCUGUUCUUGCCCAUCAUAUGAAUGACUCCAACUUUGCCUCGGAGUUUGUGAUGCAGACCAACCGCCCCUUGGAGGUGCUCAAGUCACUCUCUCAACAAUGCGGAACAGGGGAGAGGCAGAAGGUACUAGGAGCCCAGUGUGAGAAGCUGAGAAUGCUGUAUAGAGACUGUGCCAGGCCCCCUACACCUCCAGCCAAGCAGAGCAUCUCAAGUGUCCACGACAUGACCCUCGACCCCAGCCGUUCCUACCCACCAGUCAAGGCGUGUCUCUUCUCUCGGUGCAUGACCUCCUUGACCUUUCUGGGUGACCCUGUGACCUCAGGUGGUCUGCCGGCCGGUGUCAUGUGCUAUGCGACUCAGGCGGUGCCUCAUCAGGCGACCUCAUUCUACUGGGAGCUUGAGAUCUGUUCCUAUGGCGAUGCUGCCGAAGACUCUGGUCCUAACGUAUCCAUGGGCCUGGCCCCGCCCGCUGAAAAGAAGGAUGGUGCCAACAAUUGGACCAACCCUAUUGGGACUGUACUCUUCCCUGUGAGUGGGCAUGCCAUCCAUUACAGCGGGGCGAGUCUCCUGCGAUGGAAGAGCGUCCGUCUGGACAUCACUCUCAAGGUCGGAGAUGUCAUCGGUAUGGGCUGGCAGCAGAACGACGACCCCCCACCUCUGAACGGGUCGGGUCGAGCAGGUCACAUCUUUAUGACCUUGAACGGUCACAAGUUUGCCCCUACCCUGGAGGAGGUCAGCGGAGGGCUGUGGCCGGUGGUACACGUCCAGAAGAAGAACACCCAGGUUCGAGCCAACUUUGGGAGUCGACCCUUCGCCUACGUGGAUGGCCACUGCCACCACACGCCGACCCUAGAGUCCUCGGACUCUCUGGAAGAGAUCACUGCCAACUUUGGGGCUCUUCCAUUCCAUCUGGAGGCGGAGAGUGACAGUGACAAGGAGGGUUCCCCUCCCACGACCCCAUCCGCUGACCAGGCGUCUCCUACCGUCAGUGCUGUGGCAGGGAUCUCCUUCAAAUUGGCAACACCACAGAAACCAAAGAAAGAGUAUGACAUCACUGAGUCUCAGCUCUACAGCUUACCCGGUGCUUACGCUGACUUCACCACGACAGGUCUCUCCCCCCACCAGACCGCCCUAUCCUCUGCCCUGGAUGACUCUGAUGAGGAGGAGAGGGACGGGGAAGGCCAGCAGGACCACGUGGCCCUCCUAGUCCGGGCCUGGGAACUCAAGGUGUUCCCUGUCAUCAGGAGACGGUUCAGGAACGAGGCUGAAAGGAGGUCCGGUCUGGAACAGAUUAAAGGAGCUCUGCAGCUGGGCAUGACGGACAUCGCCCGUCAGACUGUGGAGUUCCUGUACGAGGAGAACGGCGGCAUCCCCCGAGACCUCCACCUCCCGACCAUCGACGACGUCAAACAGGAGGCUGCCAAGUUCACCAUCGACAAGGUGCGCAAGGGUACCACGGUGAUGAUCAGACCUCUGGGUGAGGAGAGCACCAGUGUCGCAGGAGGGACGUUGGUGCCCAAGUACGCCAUCAGGAGCAUGCUGAAGACCCUAGGACUUUCGGGGGUCGUCCUGAAUGUGGAUUCGCAACAUGAACUAGUUCAGGUGGAGUCUUACCUGAGGAGCGAGGGUGUGCUGGUGAGAUACUGGUACCCGCUAGACAUGUUAGAGCGCCCUCUAGCUGGCAUGCGACGGGUCAGCAGCUCAUUGACCGGGACAACGUCCAUUGACAUCUCAAAUAUACAGCUGCACAGGGAACUUCUGCAACUGGAAUCGUCGUUGGCCCGCCUCUACUGUCGAACAGCCCUUACCAAGUUCCUCUCUCACUGCCAAAGCCCCGAGGUCAUUGAAGCCAUCCCAUGUACCCUUUCACUCUCACCGACCGAGCAACACCCCUCCUCUGCCUCUCCGCUCGCUGCCAAUGGUGGCGCCAGACAACACAUCUCACACCUCCAGCUCCUGUCAAACCAGCUGCUGACGUCAUCGCAGCAGAAUGGACGACUCCAUGACCGCUCCCUCCUGACCUCGUGCGGCGUAGGUCACAGCCUGGCUCCGAUCAUCACCAGGAGUCUGACCGCCGUCUUCUACGGAGCGGAAGAGCUGCCACACCUCAAGAGGGAGCUUGCUAUCUCCAUAGCAACAGCUUCACAGCAAGGAGAGAGGCAUCUCGUGGAGCUGACAAAUGAGAUAUGUGGAAUCUUUCAGGACCCCUUCCCAGCUUUCGAUGUAGAGUCAAUUACCAUUGGAGCAAAGAUCAACAACAAUUUUUUCUUCAAGAAUGCCGUGGGUUUAGUUGUCAGCUGUAAGAGAGAUAUCCUUUCAUCUCACAGAGAGUCAUCUCUAUACCAAGCCCCUUGGGCAAGGGUCAGCUGCUAUGGCAUGGGACAGAGGGUCAAGAAGUCUGGCAGUGUGGCACCGGUAGAGGUGGUGAGCUAUCCUGCCGAUGCCACCCUCAACACCUCAGGAGGACUCACAGCUCCGUCUUCCCAUGUCGUCGAUCCCUAUCCAUCCGUGGUGCUACCAUGCAAUAAGAUCCACGUCAAAGCAGGCGUGUCCCCAGCUCCAAACUACGUCAUGACCCUCCAUGGGCUGCCUGCAGAGUUCCCACUGGCCAUGGUAUUCGUGGAGUCACUGAUUGGCUGUCGGCAGGAGAUGGGUGACCAACGGGUCAAGUGCCAUGCCAAUGUGAUGUUGCGCCCUGCGGCAGAGAGCAUCGGGGAACGGGAGGAGAUCCUGAAGAAGCCAAUGAAGAUUACGACGGCUGUGUAUAUCAGGGUGCUGGAGUUGCUCAGUGGGUAUGUUGGUCGAGCAGCAGUGCCGGCCGUCAUCAAGGAGCACCUGUUUCUCAUUAUGGCUCAGAUCUUGAGGCUCAUCCGCAAGGUGGAUGAUGAGGAUGGAGCAAGCGCCUCUCCCAUCACGAUGGUUCCGCAGUCAGUGCUGGCAGAGUUGAGAAGGUUCCGCAGUGAGCUUGGGAAGCUGUUCGAUGAGGAAGCACUUUUGGCUGUGAUUGGGAGUGGCCCAGUGACUCCAGGACAGCACACAUCCUACUUCCAAGCCCUCAUGGAACUCUGCCUGGCUAUGUCGGAGAUUGAUCAGUUCCCUUCGGCGCCUCAGACAGGUUCGACUUCUAUCUCAGUAACGGUUACUCUUCCCUCUCUCCGACCAGCCUCAAUGGUGAGCCCCAAGCAGCUGGUACGGUCCAGCCCUCAGGUCACAUCCCGCAAACGUCGACCGAAGAUGAAGAGAGCUGGACAGCAGAAGAGGACUCCCCACAACAGCGAGAGCGACAGUGGUGAAGCAUCAUCCAAUGGAGCGAACAAUCCAGAGGAUAUGCUUUGGUUUCAUCGCGCUUCUACCUUGAAUGUUAUCAUGAGAUACCUUGACAGUCAGGAUCCGCAGGGGGAGUCAUCCAUGAGGACAGCCAUCAGGGAUGCACACCAGAGUGUGAAGACACCGACUGCAUACUCCAGGCUAGUGGUGAUCUCAGGGUUACCACCAAACAUGGAGGAACCAGCAGCAAGGAGGGCACUUCUGAAGGCCUGUAAUCAAGCUGGUGGUCUCUUCAGAGAUGAAAUCUGGAUUCCUGUCCAGGAAGAGGUGAAGCCACCAACUGCCAUUGAUGCAGACCCUAAAGACCAACAGGCACAGGACACAGAGCUGCCACCAGCUGGUGCAACAACAACCACCACUGAAGAGGGUGCUUCUGAGCAAACACCCCAGGACCCAUCUGCUGUGGAAUAUCAUGAACCUGAAAGGACUACUGAAUCUGAACCCUCAACCAGUCUUCCAGAAAACCAAGAUGCCAAACAGGGUGAAGAGUCGAGUCCAGAACCCAGCAGUGAGCCAGAACCCACCAGUAAAAAGAAUUUUGUUCAGGGAUAUGCGGUGAUUGAAGUGCGCAGCAAGGCCAAGGUUGAGGAUAUCGAGCAUGCUCUCUUAAAUAGUAGGAUCCUGGAUGAAUCCCUUCCGUUUGACAAUGACUCCAUGAUGAGUGUCACUGGAGAGGAUGUUCUCACCAUUGCAACAGUCACUCCUUCCCUCCUCACAGAACCAUCAGAAAUGGAGGCCUUGGUAGGUUACCUGAGACACAAGCUCUUGCCUCGCGAGCACUCUGAGCACCUAUCCCUGGGCCAGCAGGUUUCGGCAGCUUUAGAGGACAUCUUCAACAGCUGUGUCAGGUGCUCCCACUUCAAAUCCAAACCCAGCCAGGACUCGGAUGCAGCCCACCCUGAGAUCUGCCUCUCCAAAGAACAGAUCCUCUCCACCUGUCCAGGAAACCUGCUCCUAGAGUUCUUCAGCACCAUGCAUCCAUCCAAGAUGACGGUGGAGGAGUUCGUCUGUGAUAUCAUCCAGAAGUAUGGCGUGUUACUGCCGGAAAUCAAAGAGAAGAAAACAGUCACUAAACCAAGUAAAGACAGCAGCAAGAGCUCUGGUAAGAGACCAAGCAAGACCAUGACCAAAGAGAGACAUAGUCCCGAAUUCACCUCACCCAAGGGAAAGUCGCCAUCAUUUACAGCGGAGAGAAAGGUGAAGGUCAUGGACAAAAGGUCGAGUCUGAAGGACAUGAGUAGCAAGGAGAAAGUCUUGAUGGAGGAGACUAGCAGUCAGAAGAAGGUGCUCAAGAAAGGACUCAACUUACAUGGAUUGUUAUGCAUGGGACUGGAUAAGGCCACUGAAGAUGUGUGCUCACUCUGGCGUGGUCUACUGGCGACAGGAUUUGAUAUUCACUUUGAAAGGACCAGAUAUGAGGACCCGAACAAGGCCGUAGCCUCUCAACAGUCCUGGACCUAUCAGCAAGACCAGGCCUUAGUCCAUUACACCAAUGAGCUAUGUCUCAAACUUGCCAUCACACCAGCUCGACUACAUCCCCAUGAGCUGGUCUUCUCGGAGGCCGACCUAGCUAGGCCUCAGUAUAGCUGUUUGACAGGCAUCCCGAUAGCCACGAUCAGACUACGUUACGCCUUUCUCCAGUCCCUCAAUGCCAACCUGGAGCAUCACUUCCUGCCGCUGGUUGACCUUCGACCCUCGCAGUCUCUCCUGGAGAGCACGGCAGCGCUGCUGUCCCGGACGCGGGAGUGGCUGUUCUACGAUACCAAAGUGCGCUUCUUCAACCUGCUGCUGGACGCCACGGCACAGAGGAACGUGGAGACGGCGGCACCCGAAGUCUCCCUAGACCCACUGCAGGUUAUAGGAACAUCAACUAAGGAUAAAUCACCCACUUUCUGCCAAGCUGCUUCUGCCCUUGCCAAUGUGUACUCCUCUCAGCUGUGUGUGAAGAUAGCCAGUGGUGGCGACCCUACGUACGCUUUCAAUGUCAAGCUGGUCGGAGAGGAAGUCCAUGGAACAAGCGGCUCUUUCCGCCACUUCUUGGGGGAGGUAACGCAGGAGCUCCACGGCGACAGGCUCCGCCUCCUCAUGCCAUGUCUAAGUGGCGGUGCAAUGGACAAAUAUAGAGGGCGCUAUAUCCUUCGACCUGACCCCAUGACCUACCCAGAAGAGAGGAUGCUUCUAUUCUUUGGACAGCUUCUUGGUAUAGCCAUGAGGGCUGAUAUACCCUUAGCCCUGGACCUAUUGCCUAGCUUCUGGAAGUGCCUGGUCCAAGAACCGCUAGACCCAGACCAGGACCUAGCCGAGGCUGAUAUUGCGACUCACAGAUUCCUUCAGAAGAUGGAGCAGGCACAAACUGAGGAGGAAUUCUCAGCUGUGUGUUCAGUCAUUGUGGCUGCCUAUCUCCAUCAUCAUGACCAGGACUCCCUCUCCAGUCCAGGAGCAGCGUGCGCUGGAAUGAGCCUUCAUUUUGAGUAUCCUAACAUGAUGGGAGAUCUGGUGGAACUCUGUCCCAACGGUCAUGAGAUUCCUGUCAGCUGGAGCAAUCGUAGAGAGUACAUCGCUGAGGUUCGGGAGCUUCGCCUGAGAGAGCUGGUCUGUCCCGAGAGGAUGUUGGCCAUCCGCUGCGGGCUAGCGUCCAUCGUCCCUCACCGUCUCCUCUCCAUCAUGACCCCAGCGGACAUGGAGCUCAGGAUGUGUGGAAGACCACAUGUGGACCUGGCCAUGCUCAAGGCUCACACCAUGUACCAGGUUGGUUUGGUGGAGACAGACACACACAUUGAGUUCUUCUGGCAAGCCUUGGAGAGUUUCUCCCAGGAGGAGCUCAGCCGCUUCAUCAAGUUUGCUUGCAACCAGGAGCGUAUCCCCAGCACCUGUCCCUGCAGACAGGGGGGCAACGACGCCGCCCAUGUGCCACCCUACCCCAUGAAGAUAGCCCCGCCCGAUGGACCUGGUGGUAAGUCUUUUGAUGGGAAUCAUUCAGUAAUCCAAAGCUCUUUGGAAAUGCAUAGAGAUGUUGUUAAUAUGUGA